AUGGCUGGUUCUGUUUUCAUGGUGACUUUCUACAGCUUUGACCUCACCUACGAAACCGCAAUCUUAUCUCACACCCCGCACAACCUCCACUUCUCCUACCCCUCCUUCAUCCUCCGCGAGCGCAUGCUCCCGGGCCUCUGGUCCAAACACGCCUACCUGCUCACAAUCCUCGGUGCUCAAAUCGCUCUCCUUCCAUCAUCGCGGCUAGACUGGCUCUUCUGGCACGACCGCGAUACCAUUCUCACUAACCCCAACAUCCCCCUCUCCAUCUUCCUGCCACCAGAAGAGAAGUUCAGCUAUGUAAAUCUAGUCGUGACGAAAGAUCGAAACGGGCUGAACAACGGGGUUUUUCUGAUCAGGGUGAAUGAAUGGAGUGUGAGGUUUUUGGCGGCAUGCUUGAGUUUGAGGGAGUGGGGUAGUGGGGUUGUGUUGAGGUAUAGUGAGCAGAGUACUAUGGAGGUUGUUAUUGCGAGGGACUCCUUCCGCCCUUCAACAACGCUCGUCCCUCAACACUGGUUCAACGCCUUCCCCCCUCCUUUGUCUUCCCCCUCACCUUCUUCGUCCCCAUCGCCCUCGCAUACCCGUAAAGGAGCUUUGCUAUUGCAUUUUGCGUCGAAUAGGGAUGGGAAGCGGCCGCAGCGUAUGGCGCAUUGGGCGGAGAUUGCGGCGAGUACUAGUAGUGGGUGGGAUGUGCCGUUGAAUGAGACUGGCUUGGUGGAGGAGAUAGCGCGGUUCUGGGGAGUUUGA